AAUUAUUUCAAGAUGCCUGGGGGUUCAGUGAUCUCGUUCAACUGUGUGGAUUCUUCUCUAUCGUCUCUGAAAAAUUGUCAGUCUUACAUUAACACUGGCAUGGAUAUUGCUACAAGUGUUGCUCUUGACCUUGUGGAAAAUUGCAAUGAUGUAGAGGAGGUUAACGGUAUGAAAAGUGUGAUGUUAGAAUAUGCUGCAAUGGACAGAGAGCUAAACCAUUAUAUGCAAGCGGUUCAAGAUACAGUACACCAGAUAAAACAAGACAAACCAGAGGAUAUACCAGAUCUAAAAGAUUUAGUAAAAAAAAAAUUCACAACAUUGGAAAGCAAAAACAGUGACUCAGAUCUGCGAAGAAAUGAAAAAUUUGUACAUUUCAUGGAACAGCUUAAAAGAAUGAGAGAACAGUUUGGUCUCCAGUCAACUACUGAUGCUAAUGAAGCCAUUGAACAAAUAGAUGAAGAUAUAGCAGUGACUCAAAGUCAGAUGAACUUUUGUUGUCCUAUCACACAGAUGGAAAUGCAGAAGCCAGUUCGAAAUAAAAUCUGUGGCCACAACUACGAAGAAACAGCAAUUCUAAAAAUUAUCCAGCAUCGAGAACAUCAAAAGAAAAAAGCACGACACAGCAAGUCACUGACAAAGCCUGAAAUAGAAACGACGAGAGCUGAUUAUAUUCCCAGUACUGGAGAAAAUUCCUUCCCAAAGAGAAAGAAAGGUUCCAAAGUAAGUGAAUCCUAAAAUGUUUUAACUGUGGGCAUUAUCCAUAUACAUCUGGCACUGCUAGCAAGGGAAAAAAUAUACCCCAUCCCUGAAUAUCUUUCACUGUAAAAGUAAAAGCAUAGAACUAUAGAAGAUUAGGGUUGGAAGAGACCACAAGAGGUCAUCUAGUCUUACCCCAACUAAAUCAAAGGAGCUCAAAGCAAGACCAAUCCCAACAAAAUCAUUCCAGACAGGGCUUCAUCAAAUAUGGAUUUAAAAACCACCAAGGAUGGAGAUUCUACCAUGUCCUUAGAAAAUCCAUUCCAGAGCUUCACCACUCUCUUAGUGAAAUACUUUUUUCCUAAUAAUAUCCAAUGUAGACUUCUAUUACUGCAACUUGAGACCAUUGCUUCUUGUUCUGUCAUCAGCCACCACUGAGAAUCGCUUGGGUCCAUCCUCUAUGAAACCUACCUUCAGAGAGUAGAAAGCUGUUAUCAUAUCCUCCCUCCUUAUUCUGUUUUGCAGACUAAAUAAGCCCAGUUCCCUCAGCCUCUCCUCAUAAGUCAUGUGCCAGUGCCUUUUAAUCAUUUUUGUUGCCCUCCGCUGGACCCUCCCCAAUUUGUCCACAUCCUUUCUGUACUGAGGAGUCCAAAACUAGAAUGGAAUAAUCACUUCCCUUGAUCUGCUGGCAGUGCUCCUACUAAUGCUAUGACCUUACCUGGCUAACUGCAGCCAAAUAUAAAACUUUGUAUUUGUUCUACUUUUACAGAUGACUAAUAUGACACGCAUCUCUCUCCCCUCUGUUCUUGUAAGGACUCGUCACUUUUUAUAACCCUAGUCUUUCCCCUGACUCACUUUGUAUCUCUGGGCAAGUCACUUAACCUCUUUAAUCUGUUUCUCUAUCUAUAUAAUGAUAAUUUAUUCACCACAGAUUGGUGGGGUAAAGGGAGAAUACAGUGCUUUGAAGAUUUAAAGCAAUAUACAAAGAUCACAAUAGGUAACUAUUAUUAGUAACAGAGGCAACUCCUGUUGGAUUUAAAACACUGAUCAACAGGUGAAAGUCUCUAUAUCUCAUUACACUUGUUCCCUUGAGAUAUCAACUCCCACCUAUUAAAAUAAUUAGACCUUUUUUUUUCCAACAGAGAUUUAAUAUCCAGCAAGGAAAAGCUGCAACAAGUUAUUGACAAAGAUAGUCUAGGGGCGGAAGAAGGGAACACAAAAUUAAACAGCAAAUGCUACAUUCAUAUGACAAAUAUAAUUCU